GCUGCGCUCUUGUCCUCGCAGGUCGCCGCCGGGGCGGCCGGGCGCGCCCAGCCCCGGCCCCCGGAGCGCCCGCCUCGGUCCCCGCCUCCAUGGACGCCUUCAAGGGGGGCAUGAGCCUGGAGCGGCUGCCAGAGGGACUCCGGCCGCCACCGCCGCAGCCGCACGACAUGGGGCCCGCCUUCCACCUAGCCCGCACGGCCGACCCCCGCGAGCCUCUCGAAAACUCCGCCAGCGAGUCGUCCGACACGGAGCUACCAGAAAAGGAGCGCGGCGGGGAACCCAAGGGGCCCGAGGACAGCGGUGCCGGCGGCGCGGGCUGCGGCGGUGCCGAGGACCCCACCAAGAAGAAGAAGCAGCGGCGGCAACGCACGCACUUCACAAGCCAGCAACUGCAAGAGCUGGAGGCCACGUUCCAGAGGAACCGCUACCCGGACAUGAGCAUGCGGGAGGAGAUCGCCGUGUGGACCAACCUCACCGAGCCACGCGUGAGGGUCUGGUUCAAGAACCGGCGAGCCAAGUGGCGGAAGCGCGAGCGUAACCAGCAGCUGGACCUGUGCAAGGGCGGCUACGUGCCGCAGUUCAGCGGCUUGGUGCAGCCCUACGACGACGUGUACGCCGCGGGGUACUCCUACAACAACUGGGCCGCCAAGAGUCUGGCGCCAGCGCCUCUCUCCACCAAGAGCUUCACCUUCUUCAACUCCAUGAGCCCGCUGUCGUCGCAGUCCAUGUUCUCGGCCCCCAGCUCCAUCUCCUCCAUGACCAUGCCUUCGAGCAUGGGCCCGGGCGCCGUGCCCGGCAUGCCCAACUCGGGCCUCAACAACAUCAACAACCUCACCGGCUCCUCGCUUAACUCGGCCAUGUCGCCGGGCGCCUGCCCGUAUGGCACACCCGCCUCGCCCUACAGCGUCUACCGGGACACGUGCAACUCGAGCCUGGCCAGCCUGCGGCUCAAGUCUAAGCAGCACUCGUCUUUCGGCUACGGCGGCCUGCAGGGCCCGGCCUCGGGCCUCAACGCGUGCCAGUACAACAGCUGACCGCCCGGCUGGGCCACGCGGGCCGGCGGCCGGAACGGCGCCGGGGUCGGGGCUGGGGUCGGGGCUGGGGCCGGGGCGGGCGCGGAGGACCUGGCUUCUGAGCCGCCCCCUGCUCCCCACCUCCCCACCUCCGGCUUGAUUUUGUGUUUGCUUUCCUGGACCUCACUCUACCCUCCAAAACGAGACAAAACAAAAAAGACGUCGGAGAAAAGUGCCGCGAAAAAAAAAACGGAUGAGUUGCAAUUUCCCUCGGGAUGGCGCGGGUGGUGCACGUUCGCUCGCUCGGGGCCCGGGUGGGCCACUCCGCGGAGGGGACGCGGCGCGGGAGGCGAGUGCCCAGGCCGGCGGCCCGGAGGAGACGCCCCCCGUAGCCCGGGUUCCCGCCGCGCUGGACCCAGACUGAGCGGCCGCGCCUGUGAACUGGAGCGCGGAGCCCAGGCAAACCUGGGCCCCGGCCAGGUGGGAACCAAGACGCCCCCUCCUAGCUGGGCCCGGCUGAGCAUACCUUAUAGCUCGAUCCGGAUCCAAGUUGGAGCGGGCGUUGAGCCGGGGAUGAUGGUACCCAGCCCAGGGUCGGGAACUCGCCGCGGAGCCGUACUAAUGGCCCCGGCGCGCCUCGAGGAGCCCUCGCCUGCCCCGUGCCCCGGAGUCCUAUUUUAAGGCCAAGGAGCGGCAGCUGGCGGUGCGGUCGAGGCGGGAGCCUGCUGAGUGCUUGUCUCCGAGCAUCCCAGCCCCCCAAGCUUCGCCGCAGACCCAGGCCCUCCGCUCGGCUCCCCCCGGGGGCUAGGAGAGGGCCCCCCCUUUCCCGGCAAAGAGCCCCCUCCUCACCGUCCGCCGUGCAAGAGUUGAGCCGGGAGAGCUCGGGGCGCGGCCAGGGCCCCAGCCGCGCCCACUUUGCACACCCACUCUCCGGCCCGCGCCCCUGUUUACAGCGUCCCUGUGUAUGUCGGACUGACUGUAUAGAAUUAUAAAUCUGUCUAUAUCGACUUGUCCAUGUACGUCUAUUAAAAACCAUAGUACGAGCGUGCU